UAAUUUUACUAUGUUUUGGUUUAUUUCGGCUCAGGUUUAGAUCAUAGGUCGGAUUUCAUCAUUAAACCGUCUAAUUCAAUGGUUGAGGGGAAAUAUGUUAAUAUCUAUAUAUUCGGGAAAAAAAAGGAAUGAAACUUUAUGUUGUUGAACUCCACUAUUCUCUACAGGGCGAUGCUUAUUCACCAUUCUCGUUCAGAAAGAGUCUCCCUUCAGGUUGGCAAAUUCUCAUACUCUCUGGCAUAAUCACUAUCAUCUCAGAGAAAACCAUUCUCGACCAUAAGAACUUCUGGGCAACGUUUCCUCUCCAUUUCGCCAUCGGUUUCCUCUGCUUUUGUCUCUCAGCCAUUGUCAUAUACCGGCGUGAGAGAGUGUUUAUCAAUAGAAUCAUACGUUUCAGGAAUCAUGAUGACUGACAUCAUCAACCAAGAAACUGGUGGUUUAAAUACUGCAAAGUGAAAGCUUUUGAAUUACUGAAUAGGCGUUUUGCUAUCAUCAUCCACUUCUAAUUAUAAACCUUUUUUGCUUUCUAAUCCUGUUUAUAGAAACUUUCCUCUUUGUCAGUAUCUAUAUAGUGAGAGAGUGACAGUUUUUUUCACUGUGCAUUUGAGACCGUUAAGUAAAUUAAAUCUAAACAGUUUUCAAAAGAAUGCUAUCCAAAAAAAAGACCCAAUCUUUAUUGUAGAGAGAGAGAGAGACAAAAGAAAAUAAUAAUAAUAAACCAAAAAUCACAAAUUUUCUCAGUUAUUGCAAGUUUCUCAGACCUUCAAAGUUUCCAUUUUUAUUGCAUAAAUCCGUUAAACCGUUUCAGAAACAAGAGAAAAGAGAAAAACUUUUCUCGCGAAAAUCAAAUGUGAUGUCGUCUACAGGGAAGAAGAAGAAGGAGAGUAGUCCAGUUACGCCAUUGAAGAAGCGGCGAGCUAGCUGGUCUGAGCUUUGGCUCAACCACCACCACUCACUCGAUUACCCUUCAAAGCUCCAACCUUUGACCCCUCCAAUCCCCAAAUCCAAAACCCUAUUCCUCUUACCCGACCUCACCCUCCUCUUACCCGACCUCACUCUCCUCUCCAUCAUCACCAAAGUCCCUUCACCCCACCGAAAGACUCUCUCUUUGGUCUGCAAACGAUGGUCCAGACUCCACGGCUGCCUCGUGCGGUCCCUUAACGUCUCCGAUUGGGAGUUCCUCGCGUCUGGUCGGCUUGUCUGGAGGUUUCCUAAUCUAGACAGCGUUGAUUUAGUUAGCGCGUGUUUUGUCUCCUCAGGUGUUUUAGUUAGAGGGUCUUACCAGAGUCUGAGCUUCUUUGAGGAGAGUCUCUUGUCCGUUGAAACGGUUGAUAGAGGGCUGAGAACGCUCGCAUCCGCCUGCUCCAGUCUCCGGAAGCUCGCGGUGGCGAACGCUAGCGAGCUGGGUUUGUUCAGUGUAGCCGAAGCGUGUUCCACGUUGCAAGAGCUGGAGCUGCACAAGUGUUCAGACACUGUUCUGCUUGGAGUUGGUGCGUUUGAGAAUCUCCAGAUCUUGAGAUUGGUGGUUGGGGACGUGGACGGUUUGAUGUUGGUUUCGGAUAUUGGUCUUAUGAUUCUUGCUCAAGGGUGCAAGAGGCUGGUGAGGCUUGAGCUCGUGGGGUGCGGAGGAGGGUUCAACGGGGUUAAAGAGAUAGGCGAGUGUUGUCAGAUGCUCGAGGAGCUUACUGUUUGUGAUCAUAAGAUGGAGCCGGGCUGGCUAGGGGGGAUUGGGUAUUGUGAGAAUCUCAAGACGCUGAGACUCGUGUCUUGUAAAAAGAUUGAUCUUGGUCUUGGUUUAGGUGAGUGCUUGAGUAGGUCUUGUCCUGCGUUAGAGCGGUUGCACUUGGAGAAGUGUCAGUUAAGAGAUAAGGAUACGGUCAAGGCUUUGUUUAAGGUGUGUGAAGCGGCGAGAGAGAUUGUUUUCAAAGACUGCUGGGGGUUGGAUAAUGAUGUCUUCAGCUUAGGAAUCGCUUUUGGCUUUUGUAUGUAGAAGGAUGCUCGCUGCUAACAACAUCAGGUCUAGAGUCGGUGAUUCUACAGUGGCACGAGCUCGAGCAUCUGAAAGUGGUUUCUUGCAAGAACGUAAAAGAUUCAGAGAUCUCUCCGUUGAUGUCAGCUUUGUUCUCGGACUUGGUAGAGUUGCAGUGGAGACCAGACACCAGAUCGCAUCUCUUUUCAAGCCUUGCAGGUGCUGGUAUUGGGGGAAAAGGCGCAAAGUUUUUCAAGAAAACAUAGAGAAAGAAGUAGUUAUUGUUGUUGUAUUACGAAUAGCUGAAACUAGCUAGUUAGUUCACUACAGUUCUUUUUGAAACUUUAUUUUAGGUUCUUGUUUCUUUCUUUCUUCCUUCCUUGUUGAACAAAGUUGUAGCAGUUUAUAAUCAGAGAUUCAUGAACUCGUAUUUUACCUUCCUUUCCAGUUUCCAGAUGAAAAGAGUUUCCCUUUGUUUGA